UUGUCCACUGUAUAGCUGGGCACUUCCCGUUCCACGACAGCGGCCCCUAGCGUCGACGUCUCAUCACCACCACGACGGGGAUUAACUCCGAGGCGUGACAGUUUAGCUAAGAUAAUCUCACAACGCAUUAAACCGUGGAUGAAGUUGGGGUGAUGGUCGCAGAAAAUGUCUCCCUUAGCAAGCUUGUUUGGGUCAAUGAUUCUGGCAUUGUACAAUUUUGCCACGCAUUAUGGCCAAGGGAAUUACCACGACCACACCAGUACUGGAGAUAUGAGCCGUCUCUCGGACUUCGGCAGAAUCCUGAACGGCAAGUACAGCGAUAAGUGGAUAGUGACAACUGCAACCGCUACGCCCAACGACAACGUCAAGUUUCUAGCACAAAUACCUGGAUGGAAGGUCGUAGUCGUCGGCGACAGAAAGUCUCCGUCUGAGUGGUCACACAAGGACUGUGUAUACCUGGGCCCCAAGGACCAGACCCUCCUUGGGUUCAGCACGGCGCCACAUCUCCCGAAGGACAGCUACGCCAGGAAGAACAUCGGCUACCUGUACGCCAUCGCCCACGGCGCCAGGGUCAUUUACGAGACUGACGAGUACCACCGGCCAACCAGGAACCUCACAGAGUUUAUCCUUACACCAAACACGACAGGCUUGCUUUAUGACGGCAUCAAUUUGUUCAAUCCUUAUAAUCACUUUGGACAGCCAACGCUAUGGCCUCGCGGGUACCCCCUCAGCUCGGUCGGGGACAACGCCUCUCUUAGCUACAUCCUCGACGACUGGACGACUCCAUCUAUACAGCAGGGACUCGUUAACGGCAGUCCUGAUGUGGACGCAAUCGUUCAGCUCACACGCACAAGGAAACAUUUAGCUCCGAACAUAACGUUUGACGCCAUAGCACCACCUGCGUUUGUUCCGAGUGGCGUGUUCUCCACGCUCAAUUCCUAUAACACUCUGUUUACCUAUGAUGCUUUCUGGGCUCUUCUGCUACCCACGACCAUACCAAGCUUCGUCAGUGACAUCUGGCGGGGAUAUUGGGCACAGAGACUCCUUUGGGAGAUGGGAGGGGGCACUGGCUUCUUCCCCCCGAACUGUUUCCAGGAACACAAUAACGAAACGAACUUAGCCGAUGCGAACUUGGAGCACGAUAUGUAUUUUAAAUCAGAGACACUGCUCGAAUUUCUCAGAAAAUGGAACUGCAAUCCCCGUGACUCUUUCUUUGACUGUGUGAUAGCGCUGUCUGACGACAUGGCAAGACAAACGUUUUGGAGAAAAGCAGAUGCCGAAAUCAUUCGUCACUGGCUGCAAGAUCUAAAGACAAUGGGUUACAAAGAGCCAAAGCGGAUCCCAUAUUCCAAACGGAAGCAGCACACACGGAAAAGGCAUGGGAAGCGGCGGACAUCUUCCCUGACCAAUGUCCAGUUUGUGCCAGAAGUUCAAGUCCCAGCUGGCGUGGACAUCACCGCGUCCAGUGAGCUCCUGCAUCACCACUUGGCAAAGGUGAACAAACUAUGUCCAAGACUGGACAUCAGACCACCCCGGGGAAUCCAUACGACUUUCAAUGACAUUGUACUGGUUGUCAUCCUCAAGGAUCCAACCCAUUAUGACAAUAUCAGAACGUACGAAGCUCUGUACGGAUUCCAGUUCACACACAUCGUUUACUGUGGUGCUAAGUUUAAUAAGAUCUAUAAAACAUCGACGGAGAAGGUGACGAUCGUAGAAAUGGACGUGCACAAGGGAGCGUUUGCCCAAAAGUGUUUAAUCAAAACAAUGGAGAUGAACUACAGAGCUGGUGGGUAUCUGAUGGUGUCCGACGACACUCUCCUCCAUGUGUGGACGCUCGGCGUGCUGCCUCGGGACAAGAUCUGGUUCAUCCAGCCUGUGUCUAAAAAGACAAGCAGCCCUCGUGUCCGGUAUCAGUCCAGGACUAACUCAAAGUCAUUUAUGAAAGCCAUGAUAGACCUGGAACAGACAAACAAGACGAUGUACACCACAUUCAAGAGAAGACUCGGUGACAACCGCAACUACGCCAGUGACGACAUCUACCUGUCUCAAGUCUCCGACAUCGUCUACGUGCCACAGAGCUACAAGUCAGAGUUCCUGUUCUUUGCGCGUCUUCUUACAAGAUACGGUCUGCCGGCCGAGAUAACGAUCCCAACGGCCAUCGGUGGGAUUGAAGACCAACGGAGUGUUUAUUACCUAGAUGGUCACCAUGUGACCCGUGGUGAAGGCAGUGCUCUGCAACAACAGUUCCACAAGAACUUUAACUACAUUCAUCCAGUUCAAAUUGGUCAGGUCGUGAAAACAGUUGAAGGCGUCAGAUUCUUUUGUAAGACGUUCAUCCCGUUGGCUUUAGACAGUUAAUUUGUUUGCUGUGUAUAGCAAGGCACUUUCGUAGGGAGAAAACAGUUGAUAUGAAUUCAAAUACAAUGUACUGAAUGUACGGCUGAGGCGAUGGGUAUGACGUUCAUCUUAUUGGCCUUGGGGGUUAAGCGGUUGGACGUGUAUUUGGGGCGGACCAUUUCAUAUUCUGGUUUGGAGAGUAGAUAUUUUGUCAGAUACAGCUGCAAAAUCAGAAUUUUUUUUGUAAUUUUGCCUAAUUUUGUUAAAAAUGUAAAACACUUUGCAACAAUUAUUGAGGUAAUUUCUUUUGUACAACAGUCUGAAGCAUAAUUACAAUUUUAGAGCAUAUUCUUGGACAAUAUUCUUCUCUCUCCAUAGAAUAUAAAAUCAAAUGGUCGAUCCCAAAUAUGUGUUUUAAGAGGGAACAAAUAUAGUUGAUAUGAAAUUGGCUAUAAUUCUAAUACACAUGUACAUUACACAAUAGCAAUAUAUAACCACUUGUUCGCCUCUACGUCAUGUUUCACCAUUGUAUGCACCGUUAUGAAAUUACGGUGAUUAUGUGGUAUGCCUAAUAACGUGAUAUGUUGGAAUGUUUUGUCAUAUUUAACACAUCGUUUGUAUUUGACCUCAAGAUACAGCUGCGGCUGUCAACAGUGCGGAAGCAUAGCCAGAAAUUCUCGUUUCACUGUGUAAAUUGAGAGUAUGUCUGUUGUGAGGAGGACCGCCUCCGUG